CUCCGGGCCGGGAGGGCGGGGUCGGGGGGAGGGCGGCCAAGAUGGCGGCGGUGGCGGGGUGAGGCGGCGGCGGUGGCGGCGAUGAUGUCCGGGGCGGAGGAUCGUGAGGCCGGCGGGGGCCCGGCCGCCCCCUCCGCUGCCCUCCCCGGCCCCACAGCUUCAACGGGCGGCCCGGGCGAGGCGGGCGGCGGCGCCGAGGAGUCGGGUUCGCUGCUCGGCCCGGCCCGGCCUCACGCUGAGGCGGGAAGCGACCCCGACGCGCCGCCCAAGAAACGCUUGAGGGCGGCGGGAACGGGGGCGGGUGGGCCCGAGGGGGCGGCGGGCAGCGUGAAGCUGGAGGAGCGGCUCUACUCCGUGCUGUGCUGCACCGUCUGCCUCGACCUGCCCAAGGCCUCGGUCUACCAGUGCACCAACGGGCACCUGAUGUGCGCCGGCUGCUUCAUCCACCUCCUGGCGGACGCGCGGCUCAAGGAGGAACAGGCCACGUGUCCCAACUGCCGCUGCGAGAUCAGCAAGAGCCUGUGCUGCCGCAAUCUGGCCGUGGAGAAAGCCGUGAGCGAGCUGCCCUCCGAGUGCGCCUUCUGCACCCAGCAGUUCCCCCGCUCCCUUCUGGAACGCCACCAAAAAGAGGAGUGCCAGGACAGGGUGACCCAGUGCAAAUACAAGCGCAUCGGCUGCCCCUGGCAAGGCCCCUUCCACGAAUUGACGGUACACGAGGCCGAGUGCACCCACCCCACCAAAACCGGCAACGAGCUCAUGGAGAUCUUAGACGAGAUGGACCAAACGAGGAAAAAAGAAAUGCAGCUUUACAACAGCAUCUUCAGCCUCCUCAGCUUCGAGAAGAUCGGCUACACAGAGGUCCAGUUCCGGCCGUACCGCACCGACGACUUCAUCACCCGCCUGUACUACGAGACGCCGCGGCUAACGGUGCUGAACCAGACGUGGGUGCUCAAGGCGCGCGUCAACGACUCGGAGCGCAACCCCAACCUGUCCUGCAAGCGCACCCUCUCCUUCCAGCUCCUGCUCAAGAGCAAGGUCAACGCGCCGCUCGAAUGCUCCUUCCUGCUGCUCGAGGGGCCCUACGACGACGUCAAGAUCCGCCCCGUCAUCUACCGCUUCGUCUUCAGCAACGAGAGCGCCGAGAGCGACUACCUGGCGCUGCCCAUCCGCGACUCGGUGGAGUGCAACAAGCUGCUGGCGGCCAAGAACAUCAACCUGCGCCUCUUCCUUUUCCAGAGCCAGAAAUAGAGCGGGGAAACAGAUGGGGAAACCCAUGAAAUGGUCAUUGACUGGUGGCUCUUGCUCUUGCCGGGGCCGAGAAUGAAAUGAAUAAACCAUUGACUGGCAGCCGGAGCCAGAAAUUAAACCGAUAAACCAUAGACCCGAAAUCGAACCAAUAAACCAUCGGCUGGUGCCUCUUUCUCUCCUAGAGCCAGAAAUAAAACCCAAGAACACCGAUAAAAUCGUCAUUGACUGGUGGCUCUUCCUCUUGCCAGAGCCAGAAAUGAGAUGAAUCAACCAUUGACCGGCAACUCUGCCUCUUCCAGAACCAACAAUGAAAUGAAUAAACCAUUGACCGGCAACCAGAGCUGGAAAUUGAACCAAUAAACCAUCAACUGUUGCCUCUUCCAGAGCCAGAAAUAGAGCGGGAAAACAGAUGCGGAAGUGAUGAAAUGGUCAUUGACUGGUGGCUCUUGCUCUUGCCGGGGCCAAGAGUGAAAUGAAUAAACCAUUGACUGGAAGCCGGAGCCAGAAAUUAAACCAAUAAACCAUAGACCCGAAAUCGAACCAAUAAACCAUCGGCUGGUGCCUCUUUCUCUCCUAGAGCCAGAAAUAAAACCCAAGAACACCGAUAAAAUCGUCAUUGACUGGUGGCUCUUCCUCUUGCCAGAGCCAGAAAUGAGAUGAAUCAACCAUUGACCGGCAACUCUGCCUCUUCCAGAACCAACAAUGAAAUGAAUAAACCAUUGACUGGCAACCAGAGCUGGAAAUUGAACCAAUAAACCGUCAACUGUUGCCUCUUCCAGAGCCAGAAAUAGAGCGGGAAAACAGGUGAGGAAGUGAUGAAAUGGUCAUUGACUGGUGGCUCUUGCUCUUGCCGGGGCCAAGAGUGAAAUGAAUAAACCAUUGACUGGCAGCCGGAGCCAGAAAUUAAACCAAUAAACCAUAGACCCGAAAUCGAACCAAUAAACCAUCGGCUGGUGCCUCUUUCUCUCCUAGAGCCAGAAAUAAAACCCAAGAACACCGAUAAAAUUGUCAUUGACUGGUGGCUCUUCCUCUUGCCAGAGCCAGAAAUGAGAUGAAUCAACCAUUGACCGGCAACUCUGCCUCUUCCAGAACCAACAAUGAAAUGAAUAAACCAUUGACCGGCAACCAGAGCUGGAAAUUGAACCAAUAAACCAUCAACUGUUGCCUCUUCCAGAGCCAGAAAUAGAGCGGGAAAACAGAUGAGGAAGUGAUGAAAUAGUCAUUGACUGGUGGCUCUUGCUCUUGCCGGGGCCGAGAAUGAAAUGAAUAAACCAUUGACUGGCAGCCGGAGCCAGAAAUUAAACCGAUAAACCAUAGACCCGAAAUCGAACCAAUAAACCAUCGGCUGGUGCCUCUUUCUCUCCUAGAGCCAGAAAUAAAACCCAAAAACCCAAGAACACCGAUAAAAUGGUCAUUGACUGGUGGCUCUUCCUCUUGCCAGAGCAGAAAUGAGAUGAAUCAACCAUUGACCGGCAACCAGAGCUGGAAAUUGAACCAAUAAACCAUCAACUGCUGCCUCUUCCAGAGCCAGAAAUAGAGCCAAGAAAACCCAAUCAAACAGAUGAAAUGGUCAUUGACUGGUGGCUCUUGCUCUUGCUGUGGUUAGGAAUGAAAUGAAUAAACCAUCGGCCGGCAGCCGGAACCAGAAAUCAAACUGAUAAACCAUUGACCCGAUAUCAAACCAAUAAACCAUUGCCCGGCAGCCAGAGCCAGAAAUCAAACCGAUAAACCAUUGACCCGAAAUUGAACUAAUAAACCAUCAGCUGGUGCCUGUUCCAGAGCCAGAAAUAAAGCCGAGAAAACCCGAUCUAAUCAAAUGGUCAUUGACUGGUGGCUCUUGCUCUUGCCGGGGUCAAGAAUGAAAUGAAUAAACCAUUGGCCAGCAGCCAGAACCAGAAAUCAAACCGAUAAACCAUUGACCCAAAAUCGAACCAAUAAACCAUUGGCCGGCAGCCAGAACCAGAAAUCAAACUGAUAAACCAUUGACCGGCAACCAGAGCCAGAAAUCAAACCAAUAAACCAUUGGCUGGUGUCUCUUCCUCUUCUAGAGGCAGAAAUAAAGCCACGAAAACCAAUCAAAUGGUCAUUGAGUGGUGGUUCUUGCUCUUGCCAAAGCCAGAAAUGGAAUGAAUGAACCGUCAACUGUUGGAUUUGCCUCUUCCGGAGUCAGAAAUAAAACUCAAAACCCAAUAAAAUCAUCAUUAACUGGUCGCUCUUCCUCUUCAGAAAUGAAACAAACCCAAGAAAACCAACUAGAGACAGAAAUAGAGUCAGUAAACCAUCAACCGGCGGCUCCUUCUCUUCCAGAACCCAAAUAAACCAUUGACCGGCAAAACCCAUCGUUGAGCUUUUCAUCUUCUGGAGGCGGAAAUAAGAGAAAUAAAGGUGUAAAUUGGUGGAUUUUCCUCUUCUAAAGACAGAAAUAAGUGGAAUAAACCCAAUAAAAUCAUCGACGGCUCAGAGGGAAAAAUAGAAUUAAUAAAACCAUCGAGCGGAGGCGGAAAUGAAAGAAAUACACCCGUAAAUUGGCCGAUUUUCCACUUCUAGAGGCAGAAAUAACCCAAUAAAACCAUUGACUGACGGCUCGGAGGCACAAGUAAAAUGAAUAAACCCAUCGCCCGGCGGUUUUUCCUCUUCCGGAGACGCAAAUUGUUAAAAACUGGGAAUAAAGCACCAAAUCCCAGGAGGAAAAUCCCGCGUCCCCCCCCGCGUUGCGCCCGCGGCUCCAAAGGCGGGAAAACGGGCCCUUUCGGGGGGUUUUACUGUGAGAAUAAAGGAAAUGGGAGUUUUCCAAGA